GGCGUGUUGUUGACUCGCGGCCCGUGCCCCCAGGGCCCUGAGCUCCCUCGGCUGUCGGCAUUCUCACGCAAUGGCGAACAGGUGAACAGGUCUCCCCAGUCGGCACUUUUCCAAGCAGUGGUCACGUCGUCCAGACGUUUGACAAGGCCCCCAGUGGGUUGUUGACGAUGUUUGGUCUUCAGGACACGGGGCUUCAGCCCCGGGGUCCAAUGGCUAGUCUCAAGGAAGAGCCCUUGGUCACGGCUCAACUCCGCACCGGCUGGAUGCAACCCGCCAUGCUCGAUCAAACCAGAAAUAUGGAUGCCGUCUGCUCAGAGUACCUGGUGCCCAGUCAACGGAUGUUGUUCAGUGUGGGCCUCGGUCGAGCCCAUUUCGAGAAACAGCCUCCAUCCAAUCUUCGCAAGAGCAACUUCUUCCAUUUCGUCAUUGCCCUCUACGAUAAGGCCGGUCAGCCGGUUGAAGUGGAGCGGACGGCUUUUGUGGGCUUCGUGGAAAAGGACCAGGAAAGCGAAGGCCAGAAGACCAACAACGGCAUUCACUACCGCCUCCAACUGGUAUACGCCAACGGUGUGAGGCAAGAACAAGACCUCUACGUCCGCCUUAUCGAUUCCGUCACCAAACAAGCAAUUGUGUAUGAAGGUCAGGAUAAAAAUCCGGAAAUGUGUCGAGUUCUUCUUACUCACGAGGUGAUGUGCAGUCGAUGUUGUGAUAAAAAGAGCUGCGGCAACCGGAAUGAAACUCCUUCUGACCCCGUCAUCAUUGACAGAUUUUUCCUUAAGUUCUUCCUCAAAUGCAACCAAAACUGCCUCAAGAACGCUGGAAAUCCACGGGACAUGCGGCGGUUUCAGGUUGUAAUCUCGAACCAGGUGAACGUGGAGGGGCCUCUGCUGGCGGUGUCAGACAAUAUGUUUGUUCACAAUAACUCGAAACACGGUCGAAGAGCGAAGCGGCUCGACCCGACCGAAGUUCCUUUUGCGGCAACACCGUGCAUUAAAGCGAUCAGUCCUAGCGAAGGCUGGACGACAGGUGGCUCGACGGUCAUCAUAAUUGGAGACAACUUCUUUGACGGCCUACAGGUGGUCUUCGGCACCAUGCUCGUUUGGAGCGAGCUGAUAACGUCCCACGCGAUCCGGGUGCAGACGCCACCGCGGCAUAUUCCCGGCGUCGUCGAAGUGACGCUGUCUUACAAGUCGAAGCAGUUCUGCAAGGGAGCACCGGGAAGGUUCGUCUACGUGUCUCUCAACGAGCCAACAAUAGACUACGGUUUCCAAAGGUUAGCGAAACUCAUCCCCAGGCAUCCGGGAGACCCAGAAAAGCUACCCAAGGAAAUCAUCUUGAAGCGUGCAGCUGAUCUAGCGGAAGCCUUGUACAGUAUGCCAAGAAAUAAUCAGCUGACGCUGCAAGGUCCUCGGUCGCCUGCGCUCAACAAUGCCUCCGCAAUGUCCAGUUUCAACGCGUAUACCGGGCAGCUAGCUGUCAACGUCCAGGAGAAUGGCACAGAGUACGGUCGGUCACAGAGCAGCAGCGUCUCGCCGCGUGGCUACGGGUCAAACGCCUCAACGCCGCACAGCAGCAGCGGGGCGAACGGCGGGAACGGGUCGUACGGCACCGGCUCUGCCGCUUCGGCGACGGCCGCCAUCAAUGGCACAUACGGGAGCCCAACCAUGGCAGUUCCAAGUUCUCCGGGACUGUUCAACGGAAUGGGCAGCAUCGUACCGUCCCACUUCGCAGCCAUGAACCCCUUCGCUUUGCCGACGUGCAACGGCCAGUCAUACGGAGGAUCUAUUGUGACGUCGACGAAGUGACGCCCGGACGCCAAACCUGGUGACGUUUCUCAUCCCGUGGGCACCCGCAAGCGGUCCUUCGCUCAGUGACCACAAGAUCGCCAAAAUGCAUCGUGUGUGGUUCGCGGCCGUCUUUUGUGUACAGAAACAAACUGUGCGCUCUGCAUCACGGUGUCAUGCGUGUGAGGCAGAUGCAACGCAUUCAUUCACCGCCACUGAAAGAACAAAAGAGACAGAGAACUACGUGAACGGUGUCAUCUGUAAUAUAUGGAUAUAUUCACCAUCGUGAGCUGUGCUCCUCCCCCUCAUCAGUUCGGUAUACGCGUGCUUAUCAUUUCUCUUACACUGUACAUAUAUCGUACGAAAAUCGAGGCAGCAUCAUUCCGAUAACUGUAAAAAGAAUAUGCCACAUAUGGAAUGUGUGUUUUGUACUCUGCUGUACUUUGUUUCAUGUUUAUUAUUUUGUUUGUUGCGAGCGACUAUACAGUAUUGUCAUGAAGGACGUAAGAUAUGACUUUUUAUAUGUACAACAAUCGAUCAAAAUGUCGAUAUGAGUGCAUAUCGAAAGAUUGCUUUAUUAUUUUUUGCGUUACCUAUCAAAAGAAAUGUUAUAAGCGAGAAAGGUGCGUUCGGACGUUGUUCAAAUAUGUUAUUUCGUUAUUAUUUGUUUCCCUUUAGUUGUUGCUGGCUCACUGUAGAUAAACAUGAUCUUUAACCAGCACGAUUAACGCGAGAAAACGUAAAUUAUUUUUCUAAACGCGAUGCAAGACGAUAAAUUAUUCGCAUUUCUCCGUGCUUGUUUUCUAUUCUGUACUUAAGCGAGGCAUUUGAAGUAAAGGUGCAAUACUUCGACACUGGCACGAACCAUCUUACGACAAGGCGAGAGACAACCUGGGAGUGAAAGGGUGUAGCAGCAGUGGGUUUCAUGGGGGGGGGGGGGAUGUGGGUACAUUCCACGCUUAUCUACGAACAUAUCGGGAUAGCUACGGUGUCCAAAUGAUUUUUGCAGCUCUUACUAGUAACACAACGCAUCGGUACUUACUCCUGAUGAGCACACAUGAUAUGUAGUGUUUAGUGUUACGGCUGUUCUUGUGUUUGAAGUUCUAUAUCAGGUGUGUUGAUCGUGUGGGACAUUAUAAUAUGCCAGGUCUAUGAUAAUCGUAUGGCAUACUCGUACCAGGGCAUCACACCAAUGCACACUGGCACCCUGGUGGCAGCAAUGUUACCUUCUUUCCUUCAUUGUUUUUCACCAUGCGCUGGCAGACACACUUUUAGAGGUCACCGAGACGCUGUUCUUAAAACAUGCCUGUUUUAAGCUUGACAGUUGAACGACUAAUAAUAUUUAAAUGUUUUCAUAAAAGGGGGAUAUGUAAAAAGAUUAUAACCAUUAUAAUCAAUUUACUUAAUCCGUUUAUCACGAGCGUCUGAUUAAUUCGUUUUAAUUGGGAGCGAUAUGCUGUACAGUAAUAUACCCUUGAAUACGGUAAUACGCCUUGUAAGACUGAAUGCGUGACGAAUUUGGCAACUGGUUAAUCUGUACUGCCGGAGGUGACAACACUAGUCAACGCUUGGAAUAUCGUAAAACUUGGCAGGUCUGUGUUUACGUACAAGUGUAUGGAGGCAGCACGCAGUGUGGUGGUGGUGGUGGUGGUCCGGCGAUCACCCAGUGCUGAAAACUGACGCUCGGUACAGAAGAGACAUGUACAAAUAUUCACGCACUUCAACUUUAAGUGCGGCGUACUCAUGUGUGUACUCGACCAAUUACGGAAAAACAUCACAGUAAAUCACACCAGUGCUUGAUUAAUCCUACUAUCACGCAUGCUGUGGUACACGCCAGAAAACGAAACUGACUUGAGUACCUUUACACGCAGCGCAUUGCAGUGACAGUGUACUCCACUGACUCCUAACUCAGCUCGAUAAAGCAUAUUUCCUGCAAUGGAGAUAAGGAGUGCCCUCCUAACAGUUCCUUACAUAAAGCAUACUUGCAAUUCGUUUGAACUAUACACUGUUUACUCCUUGUUUGUUACCAUGUCUCUGGAUAGGCAGUGCUAUAAGCUAGUCUCAAUGUCCUGUCUACAGCAAGCCGGUAUCGUCACACCACCUCACCACCUGCAUACCUGUCAAGAUCACGAUCACUUCGUGGUCUGUACCGUGGUUUUGUAAUUUGCCGAUGCCUGAAACCAGUCAAUAACUCUGCCCUUCGGCAACCAAUGCCUAAUGAAUCGCAAUACUCGGAAAGUGGGAUCGUCGAAAACGAUCACAUUGUGCAGGCGCCACAUUCCAAUGCAGUUGCAAGUUGCAGCAGAUAAAGAAUUUGAAUCAGUUAAUUACUUGAGAAUUUAGAACAGUAGAAUCUGCGUCUCGGUAUCUUCUAAAGUUAACUGUCAAUUUUUUAUGAACAAGCCUUUGAUUUCGCUCGAGAGACAUCGUUGGCAGCCAGCAGUGCCCGUGUAAAACAUAUCCUUCCUGAGUGCCAAUGAUGUCAAUUGCGAACACUGUAAGACGGCCAAUGAACUAACAAGCUUUAUCAAAUUGUUCCAUGCAACCACCUGCAAGCGCGACAAAGAUACAUUAUGCUUCCCCUCUGGGUUAGCAUACAGAUGAAUUUUGACGAUGAUGAAGUGCUGGAACAGCUUGUUAAAGCUAUCUGUUAUCACUCCCACCUCAUUGAGUUCGUGGAAGUCAGGGAAUUUCCUUUUCUGCCACACACAUUGCAUCUUGUACGUCUGGUAGCGUAUGUGUUCUUUUGGGACGUAUUAGGUCAUUGGUUGUAGUGCUUUUACUACUAGUCCAUUUUAUCUAAUUUUCUCACAACCUUUGUACUGCAGCCAUUAUGUCCUUUCAAAAGUGCAUGAGAGUUGCUGGGAAAGUGCUCGUGUAAUUUCAUAAUAAAUGUGCGCAGCAUUCUGCUGCUG